GAAACUAAUUAGCAGGAAUAAAGAGCCAAGUGUUUUUCCUCCCACAGUGAUCAGAACUCAUUCUACCUCUGGAGCUCGCACAAACCCCUCCGUCCCCCAUCUUCUGUUUACUACAGCCUAUAUGUAGCUUUAAUUACACAGUUGUUUGGUAACAACUUGGACCCCGCUGCUCUCUCUCCUUCUCCCCAUUUUUUCCCCUCCUGGCUCCGUAAAAACGCAGAGGAUCAUUCAUAAGGAAUGAGUGGGCUCUCUAUACGAUUGUUUUCUGGACUACUACACAUUCAGCGUGCGGAGCUUUGUACCAGAGUCGCUGCAGAAAUGUGGGGUCGUAAUGCGUGGCAGCUGUAGCCUCUGGUAUGGACAGUGGUGAGGGAGGAGGAGGGGAUGGAGGGGGAGGAGAGGAGAGAGAUGCUGACCUCAGUCUCCAGGCUUUAUCUCUUCCUCUCCUGACCCUGGCGGUCAUUCCUGAGCAGGGGUCAUCCUCUCAUACCUCAGCCAUGGCCCCUUCCAAAGAGCCCCUGACCCUGCCUCAGCAGGAGGAGGGCGCAGAGGGGUCCCAGGCUGGGGAAGAGACCCAGGGAGGUGAGCAGAAAGAAAAAGGGCGAGAUCCACAGGAGAAUGGAGUACGUCAAAAGCAGGGGAUGAAGGAAGACUUCGGGGAGGGAUGUUUGUCGGGGCAAAGGAAGACAGAAGGGGAGGUGCGUGUAGGUGUGGGAGAGGCAACAGUUACAGGGGGCCUCCCAGCAGCCCUCAGCAGCAGAGGCGGAGAGGAGAAGGAAGAGGAGGAGGCCAUCUCAAACCAAAGCCAAACCAAAUCCAAAUGUUCUUUAUUACCUCAACAGAGCCAGCACAGCUCUUCUUCCAGCACUGCAAAGGCCAGUGGCACACUCGACAGCAAAACAGCCGCCUCUCCAAAGCCCUCCCCUUUUUUUCCCAUCUCUCCAAAGCACUUCAAUUGUCCGUCCUCCUCAUCUGCCCUGCUGAGCGAGACAGAGGUAAAAGACAUUAAGGGAGAUCAGGGCUGGAUUUCUGGGUUUCCUCAGAGCUUUAGAUCCCAGCAGUCUUCUCUGGCUUUUCCACUGGCAGGUACAGAGCCUGCCAGUACACCUGCUGAGGAUGAUGGGCUGGUAGGGGUUCCUCACUCUUCCAUUUCCAAUGGAGAUGGUGCCAAAGCUCCAGAACCAAAUGACAGCCAGCUAGACACAGAAGUGGAUGACGAGAGAGACAAAGAUGGAGAACAGAAAGAAGCUGUCCUUAAAAACCUCAACCAAGACCUCUCUCCUAAUUCACUGACUAGUCACAUGACCAUAAUGCACUCACGCAAUUCCUGCAAAACCCUGAAAUGCCCUAAGUGUAACUGGCACUAUAAGUCUCAGCAUACACUGCAAGUCCAUAUGAAGGAGAAACAUCCGGAGACAGGAGGCCAGUGUGUGUGUGGUGCCUCUGGGGGAAAGUGUGUUUGUGGUGGUGCAACACGAGGAGUGUGUGGGUAUUGCAGUUCGGGGAAACCCCAUCCUCGCUUAGCCCGAGGUGAAACCUACGCCUGUGGCUACAAGCCCUACCGCUGUGAGGUGUGUGAUUAUGCUACCUCAUCGAAAGGCAACCUCAGCAUACACAUGCAGUCGGAUAAACACCUUAAUAACGUUCAAAACGGGGGACACUCGAAUGGUCAAAUACACACCUCUCACAUUACCAACAACAGCAGCUCAUCCAAUGGUCACGCAGUGGAUGAGCAGCCAUACAGCAAGCUCCCACUCUCUAUUCCCACGCCUGCUACCCAGCCUGCCAAGCUCACACCACCUGCACACUCCCACUCUCAUGGUAAACGGUGGCGGUGCGAUGUGUGCGACUAUGAGACCAGCAUUGCCCGCAACCUGCGCAUACACACCACCAGCGAAAAACACACACAUAACAUGCUACGGCUCCAGAGAGGUUACUAUCUGUCUCACUGCCGGAGCCUCGCCCCGCAGCUUAAACACCUACAAAACACAGGCGCCGAGCUCUCCUUGAACAUGCGACUGACCAGUCAGCAAGUCACAGAACAGCCAGUCACCCUUGGCUCUACGCUGACUCCUUCUCCCUCGCCCUCCCCCUCUCCCCCUCCCGCCCCAUCUCUGUCCCCCACUGGACCCCUCUCCCAGGGUGUAUUCCAAUGCCUUGUCUGCUCCUGCUUUUCAUCUGACAGCCUAGAGUCUGUGGAGCAGCAUCUGAAUGCUCCUCGCUCCUUGCCUCAGUCUGAGUGGUGCUCCUUAGUUGCCGGUGGUUGCCACUGCAGACUGUGUGGCUACACCACCCCGCUGAGGGCUAACUUCUCCUUGCACUGCCAGACCGAUAGACACCGCACCCGGUACCAGCUUGCUGCUCAUCUCCAGGAGGGCGGAGACAGGGGUCAGGAGGGGGCUGCCCUCAUUGCUAAGGGGAACCCGGUUCAGCUGAGGUGCAACCUGUGUGACUACGUGACCAGCAGUUUGGAGAAGCUACGCGGGCAUUCCCUCAGUUCACACCAUGAGGCGAGCGUCCGAGUUUACAGAUUCCUGCAGCAGUAUGAUGGUGAGGUUGAUGGAGGUUCGUGGCUGUUCCACUGUCUUCUAUGCAACCACUCCUCCUCUUCUAAACUCCAAGUACUAAAACACAGUCAAACGCCAACCCAUCAGCAGAGGGAAGGGCUACUACAGCUGCAGCCUAUGGAUGGAGAGGAGCUGGCAGCCAUUUUUACCAUCAGGAAAAGCCCUGAUGGUGUCACAGGAGAGCUCAGUGAGGAUAUGGAAACUUCCAGUGAGACCAGCACUGGUCCUUUGGACACAACCAAAGACACAUGUAACUUGGAGGCAAAGAAGAUUUCAGAGGAGACAGAAGAAACAAGAGAAGAGGAAAUAGAAAAGAGGGAUUCAGUGCCCUCAGUCAAACGUCCAUCCUCUGGAUGUGGGGAAAUGGAAAACUCCAUCUCAACCAAACGCCCCAGAAAACACCAGCAAAAUGAGAACCAGCAGACUGUCCAAUGCCCUCUGUGCCAGGUUAAACUCCCAUACGUACACCUUCGACAGCAUCUCACUCAUGUGCACAGUGUGGCACAGGACUGUGUAGACAAGCUCAUCAGCACAGUCACACCAUCCAUAGAACAACCGCAGUCUCAGCUGGAGACAGAACUACAGACAGACUCACACACGGAUGAUAUUCAGAAAAAUAAAACAACCAAGAAUAACAAUGCAAACUGUUCCCAUACCGCAGAUUCCACCACCUCCACUGAUUCACAGAAAAACAAAGGCAUUUCGGUGGAAAACACCGAGGGAGAUGUAGCCGCACCCAAAGAUGUCACAGCUCUUCUCACCCCACCCCUAGAAGACAACACCACUCACCCUUCCAAUGGCAGACUGGCUCCUCAGUCCCCAACUCAGAUCUCCCCCUCAUCUCCACCCACCUCCCCCCCCAGCGACCCCCCUCCACUUUCUGAUCGCCAUGGUUACCGGUUCCGUUGCAGCAGGUGCAGCUUGGCGUUCCCCACUCAGGAGAAGCUGCAGCUACACUGGCAAUACCAUGCCAUGAGGGCGGCGACAGAGUGCCCCCUCUGUUCUAGACAAUGCCGCAGUCAGGAGGCCCUGCAGAGACACAUGCAGAACACACACUCACAGCUGGACAACACACAGGGACAGAAUACACUCCUGACGCCUCAUACUGUGCAAUACAUGGAGCAUAAUAAGAAUACAGUUCAACAAGAUUUUAGUUUGUCACCUCAAGUAGGUCAAGAAGCUGGAGAGGGCGAGGAAGAAGAUAUAGAUGAAGAAUCUCAUGGCACAGAGGGAAAGGAGGAACAAAAAGACGAGCUUAACAAUAAAGAGAAGGACAUGGUCUCUGAAGUUGAUGGAGGUGAGGAGGAUUUUGCUGAGGCAGAGAAAGGGCCACAAGAAGAGAUCAUAUCUGAACCUAGUUCCAGCUCCCUUCUCAAGAAGAGCUCUAACCCCACAAUGGACCGUUAUCUGGAUCCAUCUAGGCCCUAUAAAUGUACCAUAUGUUCUGAAUCUUUUACUCAGAAAACAAUUCUUUUGGUCCACUAUAACUCUGUGUCCCAUCUCCACCGGGCCAGACGAGCCCUGCAGGACUCUGGCACAAGUGCUGCUGCCCCAGAAGCUCCUCGUGGCCCAGAUCCUAGACCGUACCGCUGCCGACUGUGUGGCGUGGGCUACAGCCAGAGCUCCACGCUGGACAUACAUCUUCGCUCUGUCCUUCAUCAGACUAGAGCUCGCGCUGCCCAAAACCCAGCUCCACAGACCCCAGCAUCUACUGUAGCUGUUCCAGUCUCCACUACUGCUGCUCAGGCCUCUUCCACCAGAGAAGAAACACCCAAGAGUUUGCCUUUCACCAAGAGGCCAGAUGGAGGAAGCUCUUCAAGCUCUUCACUAGUAGGCUCUGGCUUAGUAGCUGAAGCCCAGCCAACCCUCUCUAAUCCAACAGAUAGCCAGCAGGCUAAAAAGAGAGUGGCAGAGCUUCUAGCAUCAAGAAACCAGCUAAUGCUAAUACAGCAGCAGCAGAUAGCCCAGGCCCAAGUCCAAGCUCAAUUACAACAGCAUACAGCUCUGCUUCAGUCCCAAAUGAUGCAGCACCUUCCCUUAGGACCGGAGAAUCUCCUCAAACAACACUUCUCCCUGGCAUCAGACAACUUGCUCUCUCUACAGCAGCAACUUCUUCUGCCAUUUUAUCUGUCUGGAGACAUGACACUCAACCCAGAGUUAAUGCUUAAGAGCCCAGAGUUUAGUCAUUCAUUACCUGUCAGUCCUCUCCCAAAAGAACAGGUCAAGGCAGAGGCUAAAAAGGAGUCUCAAACUGAUGACAAACAAGCCCAGAAACAAUGUUCAAAUUCAACUAACCAAAUUAGCCAAACAAAGCAUCAAUUGCAGUGUGAGGCCAAGGUUGAUACAGUCUGCAGGGGACCCUCCAUCGACCAGAUGGAAAAAGAACACAAAUCCGGUCUUGAGGAGGAAAAAGAAGAAAUGCAUGUUCCUACUCUUAAAAAUGAAAGUAAGACAGAGGAAGGAGUUUCUUCUUCAUUUAAUCUUCUUGGAUUGCAGUGUCCUCCACCCAGAGUGCCAUAUGCUGCUGCAAAUGGGGAGCCUCUUAGAGCCCUGCUGCAGGGUUAUGGCUAUGAGUUGGCACUGCAAUAUAUACAAAGUAGACACAGGCACCAGCAGCAGAUAGCAAUUCAAAUGAUACCAGAUAACCAAGAGUGCUCUGAUAUGAACAAGAUGGAAGUGGGCUCAGAGGAGAACAGAGACGAGCUUAGUAAACUGCAGAAUGGAAAGAUGGAAGGCUGUAACAAGGAUGACAAAGGAGGAGAAGACAACGGAGAGACAGAAGGCUUGCCACAAGAGGACAAACAGAGCAAAGAUGAGGGUUCGGCAAACAAAGAGAAAAAAUGCUGUGAAAAAGGAGAAAAAUGUAGAGACUGUGGCAAGUUUUUUUCAGAUGCCUUGAUUUUAAAAAGCCACCAGGAGUACAUUCAUAGGAUGCUGUUCCCUACUGCGGCAUUGGAGAAGUUUUCCAGAGAAUACAGGCUGCAGUAUGACCAGAUGUACCCACUCACACAGCUUAAAUUGGGGGAGAAUUCAACUCAAGCUGCAGCUCCAGUCCCAUCCACAUGCCCAGAAUCAGAACCAGCACCGGAACCAGUUAAGCCUCAAGUUAAAACCCUUGAACCCUCAUCUGUUUUGCCAGUUUCAGAUCCCACAACCAAAACAGGUGUCACAGCUACAGAUCUAACACCAAGUGCCCCUGCACCUUCUUCUCCACCUUCUCCUUCUCAACCUCAAGACUUUCCACAACAAGAGGCACCCAUCCCAAGCACAUCCUCUACAGUUACCUCUCAGACCACACCCUCCAUUCCUCUUUCUUUGCCUAAAAUACCUAUGCUCCCUCUACCCUUACCCCAGCUUCCUAUGCCCCCACUAUCCUUACCAAAGCUUCCACUACCACCAAUUCCUUUUCCCAUGGAGCUACCUCUCCUCCCUCCAGUUGUGAUGCAGUCUGUGGCUCUUCAGCCCCAGCCUUGGUUAGACGCAAAUGUGAACCCUGAGCUAGCAAAACUCUAUCAGUCUCAACUUAACCCAGCACUGCUAGGGCAACAGCCACAGCUUAGUCCAGCAUUGUUAGCUCAGCAACCACAGCUCAGCCCGGCUUUGUUAGGUCAGCCUCCACAGCUUAAUCCUGCGAUGCUGGGUCAGCCAUCUCAGCCCAGCCCCAUCCAAACAGGACAGCCAAGUCAAGUUAGCCCGUCAAUACUUGAACAACAGCAGGGUAAGAGAACCCGAACACGAAUCUCUGAAGAGCAACUAACUGUUCUAAGGAAGCAUUUUGAUAUCAAUAGCCUCCCCAGUGAUGAAGAGAUCAACAAAAUGUCUGCACUGUCUGGUCUGCCACACAAAGUCAUUAAACACUGGUUCCGAAACACCCUAUUUAAAGAACGCCAGCGAGACAAGGAUUCCCCUUACAAUUUUAAUAACCCCCCAACCACUGCCCUGGAGGACUCUAGAGAGGAAGUAGCACAAAACCAGCCACUGACACUUUCCCCAUGUUCGUUGUCCCCAGGCCUCCCAGCCAACACGUCCCCACAACCUCAGACAACAGACCUGCAUAGAGGAGAGCCCCAUAGGGGUAGACGCUCGUCCCGAACUCGCUUCACAGAGCAACAACUGGAGACCCUACAGGGGGUGUUUGAGGCCACUCCUUACCCCAGAGAGGAAGAAUAUGACAGAUUGUCAGCUUUGUUGUCCCUCCCUAACAGAGUGAUUGUUGUAUGGUUCCAAAAUGCUAGACAGAGAGCCCGCAAAAACCAAGAUCGAGUGGCAGAUGAUGGAUUAGAGGAUAGGAACCAACUUGACAACAUAUACAGACAGAGAAAUGGUUACUACAAGAAUGAUGAUGAUAAUACAGAUAACAGUGGUGAGGAUGAAGGACAAGGUGACUCCCAGAAUGAAAACUCCAUGGAUCUGACUUAUGAGUAUUACACCCAUCCUGACUCGCCUGUCCUUGAUUCAUCCACUCCAUGCACAGACAGUGACCAUCUAACAGCCAAAGGUGAACAAACACCACCUACAAGGAAACAAGAAGACAAAAUAAUUUCUCCUCAGGCUAACACAAGCCCAGCUCCUGUUCAUACUCAAAAUGGAACUUCAGAUGCAGACAUCCAACAUAAGGAAAUUGUUCAGGACAUAAAAAAAGGAUCUUGUCCACAACCCGAGUCCAAGCUGCUGUCAGAAAGUACUCCUGAAAGACCUCAGCCUCUGGUUGCCUUCUCUACACAAAAAACAGUACCCACCAACUUGUCUAUGUCUCAUUCCGACGAGGGCCAUACACGCAGUCCUCCUUCUGUUCAAACUGAAAAGGCUGCUGACACUUCAUCCAGCCUCCCUUCUGCUCCAGAGUCUGAGAGAAGCCACAGUCGGCUGCCUGAUGCAACAGCUUGCUUGUCAACUGAAACCCUACCACAAUCCCAGCUCCAACCCCAGCCUCAGUUCCAGUGCAGUGUCUGCCCAGUGUCCUUGCCAUCUUUCCAGCUGUGGCAGGAACAUCAGACUAGGCACCUCCUAGCAGCGCAGUCCCAGGUACAACUUCUUCAUUCUGGCUUCACAGACCGAACCAUGCCUUACAUGAUGCUUCACCCCAACCACUCCUUAAUGGCCAGCCAAAUGCUAUCAGGUGCUAUGUCCCAGAUACACCCUAAUCCCACGCAUCCCAUGAUUUCGCACCUAAACAGCAUACAAAUUAAGAACACACUCUCCGAUCACUCAAGCGGCACCCUAACCAAUUCCCUGACACCCAUAAAGCAGAGUACAAAGCAUAUAUCAGAGACCAGUUUUGAGGGCCAAAGGAGCGGUAGAGAGGUUGAGGAGGAGCACAGAAGGGAUAAACGUCAGAGAACCACCAUCACCCCAGAACAACUUGAAGUGUUGUAUCAGCGCUACAGCUUGGACUCUAACCCCACCAGAGGAGUCCUCGAGAGCAUUGCACGAGAUGUGGGCCUCACAAGACGUGUUGUUCAGGUUUGGUUUCAGAAUACACGAGCAAGAGAGCGAAAAGGACAGUUUCGGUCAAUGGGACCAGGUUCCAGUUUCCAGCUCGGUUUGAACCACCUGCGCUGCCCAUUCUGCAGGGCUCUCUUCAAGGUAAGGAGUGCUCUGGAUGCCCAUAUGAGGUCACGUCACUGGGCAGAGGCAGAAAGAGCUGGCUACAACUUAUCAAUAAGCAAUGGAUCCAAUGGGCAGACUGGGAUGGCUAUGUCAUCUGUCGUGGACAGACCAGGUCCAUCUAUCUCUUCCAACGCUAUCCCAAACCCUGGCUAUGUCGUCAGCAACAAAGAGUUCACUUUGAAGCCACCUGUGACUUUUUUGUCUUCAACCACAAAUCUAAACAACCCAGAGGAGGAUGAUGACUAUGAGGAAGAUGACGAGGAGUAUGCAUGUGAAGAGGGUUCCGGUAUGGCUGACCAAGGGUCUCCAAGUCCUGAAGGACAUGGGGGUACCAGCUCAGACUGGGGUGAGACACAAACUCUGCAGCAGCACCACCAACAGCAGCAGCGCCAAAGGACACAGAUGAGCCACUUCCAGGUACUGCAGCUCAAAGAUUUCUACAGGAGCCACCGCACACCCAACCGACAUGAGUGUGAGACACUAGGCCAGGAGUUGGGACUGCCUCACCGUGUGGUUCAGGUGUGGUUCCAGAAUGCCAGAGCGAAGGAGAAGAGGGCCAGGAGCCUGAGCUCUGACUCUGCAGAGAGGGAGCAGGCUGAGCUGUCAGCAGGGGCAGGGGAAAGAGACAGAGCUUAGAGAGGCAGACUGCUUCCUUCAGCCAUGUUCUCACCAAAAUCCCAUUUGCAACUGCUGUCGACCUCUAAACAUACACCCUGUCCACUUGCUGCCAACCCUGUAACCUGAACACCCCAAAGAUGCAGAGCCACAGUGGCCCAAAGAGAAACACUCUCCUCAGAAAGUAGGAGAGAGCCCAAACCAAGUCCUCUUUACCACAGCUUUCCUCUUUUCAUAUUGUUCUUAAACUCUUUCCUGGUCUGUCCUUUCUUGUUGAAAAGAGCUCCUCUCCCUAUUCUGUCAGACACCUUACUACAACCAAACACCACCUUGAUAAAACCCAACCAGAUGCCACAGAGGCCAAAGAGCAUUCUCCAAGUAUGUGACCUCACUGCCCAGCUAGACCUGCAGUCUACCUCUCAGUCUGCAUGACAGACUCAUAGUGGGCCCUCCACCAGACAGUGCUAGAUGACUAGCUGUGUAGCAUGUAGUGCCAGUCUGUAUGAGGCUGGAAAAGAAAUUGUCAAAGAGAUUUUAGUGUAAAUAGAGAGCUCCAAAAAAUAAACUUGAAGAAAAACAAAGCAGUUAACAGUGGAAGAAGAAGAAGAAAAAGAAGAAGAAAAAAACAAAAUAAUAUCCUUGAAAUACACAGGGGUAUUUGCAUAGAGCUUUUGUAAAGACUGACUCAGAUUCCAAAGCUCAUAACCAAAAUUUUACAUGUCUGUGGAUUUAGUUUGAACAUGUUUGUUUUCAAUAACAAACUGCAGAGCUGACGUCUGUACGGUGAAGGAGUGAGAUCUGCAACUGGCAUGGGUGAGCAGAGUACCAAUAGACUGAUACGGUGCUAGAAUGCAGCUUCACCCUCCAAAAGCCAAUGAUGAGUCUUCUGUUGUACAUGUACUCCUUCUAUGUUCCUUUAGUGGAUAACAGCCCAAAUAGCACAGAACGUAAAGGCCAGUUUGUCUUGAACGGGGCAAACUAUUUUUUAUAGCACUCAACCAUUAUACUGUAUAUGAAAACUUUAACCAAACUCAAAUUUACAUUGUGUGUGUUUAGUAAUAGUUUCUUAAUAUAAAUCUUAUGGAUUGAGAUAAACUGUCUUGCUUCGAUAUAGUGUCAUGAUUAUGAAAAGAUUAUGACAGCUUUGAUAUGUUCAGGUAAGGUGACUUACUGCCUUUCCGUUCUAUUUGAAUAUACCAAUGGCUUACCAAUGUUAUGUGAUUAAUGUAAAGCUUUCUAUGCUCAGGUCAACAGCUCAACAUGGCUCCGCUUCAAAUGUGAUCUUAAUACUAUACUUUUCUGUUUUUAAAACAGAAAAGGCUUGGUUUAACCUUGGACUAAGUAUUAAAAGAUAUCUACGAAAAACAUCUCUGUAUUUCAAAGAUCUGAGCUUUUCACCUCUGAGUAAUAGAUUGUUACAAAAAACCUUAUUGAAACUAAAGUGUUUAAUAGUCUGAGGGGUAAAUGUACAGUAUUUAGCUUUUGUAUGGUUGACUCGAGACUUCAUUGGAUGUUUGAGACAUAGCUCUCUUUUCCACUUACAGAUAGGGAGCUACUGCGCAAAGUUGAGAAAAACUUCGGAUGUUAUUGAUGUUAUUUUUGUACACUUAAUUUAUUUUCCCUCCUUCUCCCUCCCUACCUACUUUCCACUUUUUCUCUCUACCUUUUUCCUGUGUUCAUUUGCAACCAGUCCUUAUUCUAUCUGUAAUAAUGAUAAUAUAACAAUAAUAGCUAAACAAUAAUUAAUGCUUUAAGACAAAAAUCCAAAGAUGUGAUAAUACUUUAACCAUAUGACCUACAAAAAUAAGCGCUACUGUUUACUUGACGAUGUAUUGCUGUUUUUAAAGAAGGAAGGAGUCCCUGUAUCUAAGCUACUGUUUUCUGCCUCUCAUAAGCACACUGGAGACUGUAACCAAAACCCCAAACUAGAGCCAUGGCAGUCUGUAUUAUAGCGGUUGAAGAGUUUUACUUCUCUUGAGAAAUGUUGCAGUUUAUUUUUCUUUUAUACCAUAGUGUUGAACUUCAGCCCUUAAGGAUGUCCAGUUUGCUGCUAAUGUACUGUAGUUUCUAACGAUACUGUAGAAAGAUGCAUGCUCUGAUCGCUUUACCACUAGGCUUUAAUGACUACAAACUGUAAUGAUACCUGUGAUGCUGUUCAUAAACUGCUCCUCUGUUAUUCUGUCAAAAACAAAUGGAUAUGUGGGGCUCAAUUCCAUCAAGUUUGUUUUUCAGUAUCCUAUUAAUUACCCUUACUCAGAAGACAGUAAUGGCUUUCGUAAUACCAGAAAUAUUUUUUCAAGCUUCCAGUUUCAGAGAAACCCUCUUGGUGCAUUAACUUCUCCACCCUUGUGGAGAUACUGCAUAGUUAUUUGAAGGAGGUAUUUGAAGGAGUUCAGCCCCAAACCUUCCACUGGUACGGUGUCUUUCUGUGUUGCAUUUUCAAAUUCUCCAGCUAAAACAGCUUUGCUGAGCUCAGAUUGACAUCACAGCCAACUUUCCAAAGGAUGUGGACUGACUAACUCUGUCAUGUUUUGUUCUUAAACUAACCAAUGUUUACGACAAUACCAAUGAGCUUUCUUCUGUACAGAGAUGUGCAUUCCAAAUACCACACAGGCAGUUUUUUGUAUACUGAUUAUUUCGAAUAUAAUUUCUCUCGUAUUCUCUUGAACUUAGUGACUGUAAGAUGUACAUAUUGGAGUCCUCUAUGGUGAAGAGACUCUGUUACCCUUACUGUAGGUAAAACAAUUCUUUUAAUUUUUUUCUGGAUAUGUUGUUGCCAUAGUGAUGACCAAAAAGAUACCUGUGAUGUGCACCUGUCCUUAUGUCCUGCUCCAGUGGUUUAGUGUGUCUCUAUACUCUCCUUACCCCAGUUCUUCCCUGCUGGUGUGUGUUUCUCUUCCUUUCCCUCCCCAUACUCCACUGAGCUAAAUAAAGUCUGCUUUGGUGCA